CUCGGCAGGGAUGAACGACGGCGGCGAGGGGACCAUCAGCUUCGCGGUGCCCGGCCCUCCGGGCGGCGGCGAGGAGGGGCUCGGCCGGCGGGCGCAAGGAGCCGACGGCGGCCGUGGCUUCCAGCCCGAGUUGGCCUCGCCGUGGGGCGAGGACGCGGCCGGCACGGGCAUCGCGGCGCGGGCCAAGGGCGCCGGGCGCCGGACGGCCGUCACCUACGUGAUCAACGAGGCGAGCCAGGGGCCGCUGCUGGCGGCGGAGAGCGGCGCCCUGCAGAGCCUGCGGGAGGCGUGCGAGGUGGUGGGGGCCACGCUGGAGACGCUGCACUUCGGCAAGCUGGACUUCGGCGAGACGGCUGUGCUGGACCGCUUCUACAACGCAGAUAUUGCUGUUGUAGAGAUGAGUGAUGCCUUCCGUCAGCCUUCCCUCUUCUACCACCUGGGAGUCAGAGAGAGCUUCAGUAUGGCUAACAACAUUAUCCUCUACUGUGAUACGAAUUCCGAAUCUCUGCAGUCACUGAAGGAAAUUAUUUGCCAGAAGAAUAAUAUGUGCACUGGUAACUACAUCUUUGUUCCUUACAUGAUAACUCCGCAUAACAAGGUGUACUGCUGCGAUAGUAGCUUUAUGAAGGGACUAACAGAACUGAUGCAGCCAAGUUUUGAAUCACUUCUUGGGCCUAUUUGCUUACCUCUGGUAGAUCGAUUUAUCCAACUCUUGAAGGUGGCACAGGCCAGCUCGGGCCAGUAUUUCCGGGAAUCCAUCCUUAAUGACAUUAGGAAGGCCCGUACCCUCUACACUGGCAAAGAGCUUGCAGCAGAGCUGGCGAGAAUUCGGCAGCGAGUGGAUAAUAUUGAGGUCUUGUCUGCUGACAUUGUAAUCAACUUGCUGCUGUCCUACAGAGACAUACAGGAUUACGAUUCCAUUGUGAAACUAGUGAAGACUUUAGAAAAACUGCCUACUUUUGACUUGGCUUCCCAUCACCAUGUGAGGUUACAUUAUGCGUUUGCACUGAACAGACGAAAUCUGCCUGGGGACAGACAGAAAGCUCUAGAAAUUAUGAUUCCUUUAGUAGAACAAGAAGAUCAAGUAGCUUCAGAUAUGUACUGCCUGGUUGGUCGCAUUUACAAAGACAUGUUUUUGGAAUCAGGAUUCAUAGAUACAGAAAGCAGAGACAAAGGGACCUUCUGGUUCAAGAAGGCGUUUGAGUCAGAGCCAACACUGCAGUCGGGAAUCAGUUAUGCAGUGCUUCUUCUGGCAGCUGGACAUUGCUUUGAUACUUCUUUUGAGCUUCGGAAAGUUGGGGUAAAGAUCAGCAGCCUGCUUGGUAAAAAGGGGAGCUUGGAGAAGCUGCAGAGCUAUUGGGAAGUGGGAUCUUUCUUGGCAGCCAGUAUGUUGGCUAAUGACCACAUAAGAGUGAUCCAGGCUUCAGAAAAGCUAUUUAAGCUAAAGGCACCAGCAUGGUACCUGAAGUCUAUUGUAGAGACUAUUUUGAUAUAUCAGCAUUUUAAAAAACUGAAUCCUGAACAACAUACAGCCAAACAGGAACUCGUGGACUUCUGGAUGGACUUCCUUGUUGAAGCCACAAAGACAGAUGUGUCUGUAGUUAGAUUUCCAGUUUUAAUAUUGGAGCCAACCAAAAUCUAUCAGCCCUCAUAUCUCUCCAUCAACAGCGAAGCUGAGGAGAAGACUGUAUCUAUCUGGCAUGUGCUGCCGGAUGACAAGAAAGGUAUCCAUGAGUGGAACUUCAGUGCUGCGUCCAUCAGGGGAGUAAGCAUUUCGAAGUUUGAAGAACGGUGCUGUUUUCUGUAUGUGCUGCACAAUUCCGAUGACUUUCAAAUCUAUUUCUGCACGGAAGUUCAUUGUAGAAGGUUUUUUGACAUGGUGAACAGCAUCACUGAAGAAAUAGGGAAGUCUACAGAGGAAGGAGAAUGUGAUGGAGACUCCCUGGAGUAUGACUAUGAGUAUGAUGAAAAUGGCGAGCGAGUCGUUCUGGGGAAAGGAACUUACGGCAUUGUGUAUGCAGGACGAGAUUUGAGCAAUCAAGUCAGAAUUGCUAUUAAAGAAAUCCCAGAGAGAGAUAGCAGAUACUCCCAACCUCUUCAUGAAGAAAUAGCCUUGCAUAAGCAUCUCAAACACAAGAACAUUGUCCAGUAUUUGGGGUCUCUUAGCGAGAAUGGUUUCAUUAAGAUAUUCAUGGAGCAGGUGCCUGGUGGCAGUCUUUCUGCUCUUCUACGAUCAAAAUGGGGACCAUUAAAAAAUAAUGAGCAGACAAUUGGCUUUUACACUAAGCAGAUUCUCGAAGGAUUAAAAUACCUCCACGAUAAUCAAAUAGUGCAUCGAGACAUAAAGGGUGAUAACGUGCUUAUCAACACUUACAGUGGAGUGUUAAAAAUUUCAGACUUUGGAACUUCAAAGAGACUCGCGGGAAUCAACCCUUGUACUGAAACUUUCACUGGUACCCUUCAGUAUAUGGCACCAGAAAUAAUUGACAAAGGGCCACGUGGUUACGGGAAGGCUGCGGACAUCUGGUCUUUGGGAUGCACGAUAAUUGAGAUGGCUACAGGGAAACCCCCAUUUUAUGAACUGGGAGAACCACAAGCAGCUAUGUUUAAGGUGGGAAUGUUUAAAAUCCACCCAGAGAUUCCUGAGUCCAUGUCUGCAGAAGCCAAGUCGUUCAUACUGCGUUGCUUUGAACCAGAUCCUGAUAAACGAGCUUUUGCUCAUGAGCUCCUCGUAGAUGAAUUCUUGAAGGUUUCAAGCAAAAAAAGAAAAUCCCCAUCAAAACUCUCAGUUCUUUCAGCUAACACAAAUGAGUAUCUUCGGAGCAUAUCCUUACCUGUUCCUGUUCUGGUGGAAGAUACAAGUAGUAGCAGUGAAUAUGGCUCUGUCUCACCUGAUACAGAGUUGAAAAUUGAUCCAUUCUCUUUCAAAACAAGAGCAAAAUCCUGUGGAGAAAAAGAUGGGAAGGGAAUCCGGUCCCUUUUUCUGAGCAUCCCAGAUGAAAAUUUUGAGGAUCACAGUGCACCUCCUUCACCUGAAGAGAAAGAUUCUGGAUUUUUCAUGCUGAAGAAGGAUAGUGAGAGGAGAGCUACCCUUCACAGAAUAUUGACUGAGGACCAAGAGAAGGUGGUGAGGAACUUGAUGGAAGCUUUGGCUCAGGGAGCCGAAGAGCCCAAGCUAAAAUGGGAACAUAUUACAACGCUUGUUUCCAGCCUCAGAGAGUUUGUACGGUCCACUGAUCGUAAAAUCAUUGCAACCACUCUUUCAAAACUGAAACUGGAGUUAGACUUCGACAGCCAUGGUAUCAGUCAAGUGCAGCUUGUGCUGUUUGGUUUUCAAGAUGCUGUCAAUAAAGUUCUCCGAAAUCAUAACAUCAAGCCCCACUGGAUGUUUGCAUUGGACAACAUAAUUAGAAAAGCUGUGCAGACAGCAAUUACUAUUCUGGUCCCAGAAUUGAGGCCACAUUUUAGUCUUGCAUCUGAAAGUGAUGCAGCAGAUCAAGAUGAUAUAGAAGUUGAAGAAGAUCAAGAUGAGCAGCCUCAGAAUCAAACUAUCCAACAGCCUUGCAUUGUCAUGGAAGAUGCAGUAGCUACCUCAGGUGUGAGCACACUCAGCUCUACAGUAUCCCAUGACUCACAGGCUGCUCAGAGAACACUGAGUGUCCAGCUGGGCAGGCUAAAAUUAGAGACUAAUAGGUUACUGGAGGAGCUGGUUCAAAAGGAGAGAGAAUUUCAAGUCCUUUUACAUCAAGCUAUAGAAGAAAAAGAUCAGGAGAUCAAAAACCUCCGGCUUAGGUCACAGCCGAUAGAUAUUCCUGGAUUAUCUGUCUGUCAUCGUCAUUCCACUGGCACAGGGACUGAGGACCCUGAUCUCAUAAACUGGCUGAGCGUUCAAGGAGCUGAUGAGGCCACAAUAAACAAGUUCUUGGCUGAAGACUAUACCUUAAUGGAUGUUCUCUGCUAUGUUACACGAGAUGACCUGAAGUGUUUGAGACUGAGGGGAGGAAUGCUAUGCACACUCUGGAAGGCCAUUACUGACUUUCGACAGAAACAUGCCUGACACUUAAAUCUUCCCUUGCUUCUCCAUGGAGAGGAAGAGGUUUCUUUCCAGCACGGAGCAGGUGUGCUGUCAGAAGGACUGUUGCACUUUAAUCCAGUAUUUGUUUACCAAUGUUAAAAACACUGCAGCUUCCUGACUGCUCUUACUCCUGUAAUCCCUGAGGAAUAUGUAAACAACAUGCAACGUUAUUUUACUUCAACCAUUUUUACUUGCAAGUUUUCCAAACAUUAAAAGGGGGAAAAAAAAAAUUAACUCAAGAAAUAUCGUACUUAAAGUAACCAGAUGUUCAUUUCAUGGAAAACUGAUGUAAGGUUUCAUGUGACUGUGCAUCACUGGAACAAAACCAAAAUGUGACACCUUCUCAAUCAAGUUUCUUUUUCUUUGUAGUGUUGUAUCAGUAAAAUGUAGUAGAAAUUCAUGAUUUCAAUCAGAAGUAGAUGUUUUUCUUUUAGUGUGCAAGUCCUAAGAGUAAUUGUUUUUACCUACUGCUCUAUAUAGUUUAAUAUUGUUUAUUUUUGGUAAUUUAAGUUCUAUGGUGCAUUUGUUUUAGUUGUUUAUGUACUACUGAACUGUACCAGUUGCAUACACCUCAACCAUAGUACUGUUAGCUUGUUCUAAAGCUAUCUGACACACACAGUUGAAAAUAAAAAUAACCUAAGAGUUACUUUUUCCUAUAUUUUUGGACUUCUAAAAUACUAAAGGUGUAAAAUGGGAAAAUAUUGGAAUAAAAAAGGAAAAAAAAAAAUCACACUGAGUAUCAAGGGAAACUUUCUGACGUGUUCAAGUUACAGUGAUUUGACUUUGAUAAUCUAUAACCUCGAGUGUUUUCUCUGUACUGGAAUUGGUGUGAACAGAACACUGACAACUCCCUCCAGAACACAGUUUUUCUCAGGCUCCUCUGUUUGAUGUGAUAAAAGAACACCCACCUUCUGUGCACAAAAAAAGUUGUUUUGCUGUAUUCUACCUUUGCCUGUAUCUCUUUUCUCACGCAUGGAAAAGGAUCAUGGACGUUCUCUGUCCAUCCACACUGAUCAGCAUCCUGGCAUUCCUGCACUGAGAUUCUUCUGGGGCAGCUGUUAAACAAACAAACCCUAACACAAACAAAUUCCCAUUCUAUUGUGAAUAGAACAUGCUUAGAAGCUACUCCUUUCUUCAUAAGUCUUGGUAGUUGGUGAACAGCUUAUGCCCUGGAUUUUUCAGGUUAUGUAUUUCCCAAGAAAAUUACAUACUCAGAAAAGAGUGGUAGGAAACACAACCAAUUUUAAAAAAUCCUAAAUGUGAAAAAGUGACUUUAGGAAAACAAACUAAUUUGAUUUGACAAUGCGAAAUAGGAUUCUGUGUCAGCCCAUGAUUAAAGCUUGAAAAGUUCUGGUUUUAUGCAGGAUGAAUAGAACAGAACACAAGUGCGUUGCUUUCUCUCUUCAUACUUUAAAAGCAAGCAGCCUGUUGUCCAUGGCCUAUGACUCAGGAUGCUCAGGAAUGCCAGCUAUGUGUGAGAGAAGACAGUGUGAUCAUUUUCAUGUCCAUUUUAAUGUCUUCACGAGACCUAGCUUGGCACCAACUGGGAAUUAAUUCCUGUGGUUUGCUGUUGGCCUCGCUAGACCUGCAAAGCUGCUCAGUAACCCAUUCCAUAGGGCUGUGUCAUAUUUGAUGCAGGGCUAGACAGCCAUCCUACCUGAGCACCUGUGGGCUGUGCUUCCCUCAGCUGCCCAGUUUAUUCAUCCUUGGGCUAGAGCUGUGCACAGUCAGAAAAGAGUUUGUAGCAACCCCACCAUGCACUUGCAUGUAAAUUGUUCUGGAAAGUUGUAAAAAUAUUUGUAAUGGACAGAACACGCACACCCUUUGGGGUAGAGUGCAUCAGGGAGGUCAGCUGGGGAUCAUAGAAUCCUUUGAAUUGGAAAGGAACCUUAAAGACCAUCUAGUUCAACUCCCUUGAAAUGAACAGGGAUGCCAACAGCUCCAUCAGGUGCUCAGAGCCCUGUCAAGCCUGACCUUAAGUGUCUCCAGAGAUGGGACAUCCACCACCUCUCUGGGCAACCUGUUCCAGUGCUUCGCUACCCUUAUCAUAAAAAACUUUCUCCUUAUAUCCAGUCUAAAUGUCCCCUCUUGUAGUUUGAAACCAUUUCCCCUUGUCUUAUUGCAGCAGACCUUGCUGAAGAGCCUGUCCUCUUCCUUCUUACAGCUUCCUUUAAGGGGGAAUCCCUCAGCUUUGCUUUCCGGGGAUGCUGACAGGUGCCACUGACUUCAAGUGAGACACGAGAUCACAUUCUGAGGACCUGGUAUGUUUUAGCGGAGGAUUCUGCAGCACGGAGCCUUUUGACUACAGGAUGCACUCCUCCCUUUGAUUUUAGCAACCUCCCGGUCCUUGGCUAGGGCUGCUCUAGUGCAGGGCUCAGGGUGGCUGAGGCUCCUUCCACUUCUGUAAGAGAGCCAAGCAGAAGGCAAGAAGGAAAUCCGGACCACGGCAGAGCUGGCUUUGGACCUUCUCUCGUUCGGCACCGAGCCCAGCCUGCACCCGUGUUACAGCACCAUUCCCGUGCACGCAAACCACAGCACAGUUUCACCACCCAAGCCCCGUGUCCCGCCUCACACCGUCAGGGGCUGCCGCAGCAGCCGUGCUGCGAGAGUCCUGCGAGGCAACGAACAAACAGACACCGCAAAAGCGCGCAGGGAGAUACAGGCACCGGAACCCGGAGGGAGCCGACAGCUCCCGGUUCGUAACCUCCUCACAGCCACCCUCGGGGCAGCGGCCGCUUCCUGCCCGCCCUCACCUGCAGCUACCGCCGGGGGUGGGACGUGGCGGCCUCACCUGCCUGGGGCCGCGGAGCCGCGGGGCGGAGCCGCCGCGCGCGCCGAGGAGGAGACAUGGCGGAGGCCGCGGGCAGGAGCGGCGGGCGCCGGCGUUCCGCAGGAUGGGAGACCGAGUGAAGUUGUGCUUGUGAGGUGAUAUGGAUCAUGCUAUGGACUCGCAGUAGAUGUCUGCAGUGCAAAUGAAUGUACAAUACUGAAUAUGAUGGAUGA